AUGCCUAUUUGUAUAGAGUGCCGAUAUCCUGUCAAAACUCUAUGGACUCAAUAUUCCGGGGCCGAUGACAAGUCGAAUGGGCAUUUAAUUCGCCUCACUGUCUGUCGAAAAUGUGGCAACUUCUGCGAUAAAUAUGUAGAGCACGACUUUGUCGUGCUCUUCAUUGACUUAGUCCUCAUCAAACCUCAGGUAUAUCGUCAUCUGCUACAUAAUACUCUGAUGCGAGAUGGCGAUCGCUUCGACCCUUCGAUCAUUCGCCUAGGAGUUUUACUGCUCCUAUUUGAUGUUUACUUGACAUGGGCGCGUAUAGAAAAACAAACCAUUCCUUCGCCGACCCCUGGGGAGAGUAAACUGGGUCCGCUCGCUGAACAGCCGAUUGUGAUUCAGUAUAUGUUCUUUCUGAUCCUUUGUGCUUUGUCGACCUUCGCUUUCCAUCUAAGCAUCCGCUUUCUCACUUCAUCUGUCUUCUCGCCGCUUAACAUGACGAAAUUAAUGCCGCGGUAUUCUCGCCCAAAUUCGGUUUCAACAGCUUUACUUGUUUCUUCCUCGACCAAAUUAUUUCCAAUUUUAAUGGUUAUCUGGGAAUACGACGUACCCGCUGCUGCCAGGUCUCUUGGCUGGGCUGUCGUGGCAAAUAACGUGGAGGCUCUUCGCAUCCUACUCGAUUGCAAAUACUAUGUUGCCUGUUUCUUAGCGAUUGCCGGCGCGUCUGUACGAUGGGCUGUGGGCCAGUUGAUAUUAAUCUCGGCUGGACUUGGUGACGUAGACUCCAUUGCUGACAGCAGUGUGGCUGCUGAUGGCAAAGCUCUUUGGGCCCUUGUAAAGUAUGCCAGGGACUGGGCCGGGCGCUUAGUCGUAGGAUAA